AUGGACGGCCUGGUCGCAGUGCAUGGUUACACCACUAGCACCCGCACGCCCGCACGCCCGCAUGACAGAUGCGACCGCUCCCCCGAUAUGCCCGCUGCCGGCCGGCCGCCGAGCCCGGUCGGCACUAUGGCCCAUGAUAAGGACAGCAGUCGGCAUUGCUGGCCGGGCAAUUACCCAGUGGCAGGUAUUCUUGGUCGCGUGUUUGGCGAGCUGGGGACGCCUCUGUGUCAAAUUCCCAAAGGGGGAUCUGAAAUUCGAAACUCGCAGGCCUGGGCGGCGGAUCGAAAUCCCCUGGUCGUCGGCCUACCACCGACACCCGGUGCCCGCUCUGCACCUUAUUUUACCCUGGCUUCCAUGGUUCCGCCCCAGGGGCCGCACCUGGCAUCCCCACAGGCCCCAUAA